AUGGAUGGUGAAUCGGAAAAACAACCGCUCCUGAAGCAAUCACAGCAACAGCAACAAUCCCAAGAAUCAGGAUCACUGCAACCGGUCGUGAAUGCAUCUCCCAUCGGUCCGGACGAGGUGCCACCCUCGUAUCAGCAGGAGCAACAGAAUAGUAUUAUAGUGACGUGCCGCGUAUGCCAGGCACUGAUCGACAUCUCCUGGAAAAAGGAACAACAUGUCGUCAAGUGUUUGCAGUGUAACGAAGCGACGCCCAUUCGGAAUGCACCGGCCGGCAAGAAGUACGUACGAUGCCCGUGCAAUUGUUUGCUGAUUUGCAAGAGCUCUUCCCAGCGGGUUGCCUGCCCGCGGCCCAACUGCAAACGUAUUAUCAACUUGGCUCCGAGUCCGGUAACGCCACCGUUGCUACCGAUGCCCGGCAUGUGUCGCGUUACCUGUGGUCACUGUCACGAUACGUUCUUGUUUGAUACGUUGAAGAACAAUCUGGCGAGAUGUCCGCAUUGUCGCAAAGUGUCUUCGGUCGGGCCCGACUUCUGCCGUAAGCGACGCAAUCUACACUUCCUUGGUGGAAUUAUAUUUUUGGCUAUCGGUAUCGGCGUUACAUUUGCCACCUACACCUACGUGCGGGAUUAUAGUGGAAUUUUUGUGGCAUACAUUAGCCUUUAUCUCAUCUCUUUGCUGCUGUUUGCAAAGACGGUUUACUACUGUUCGCUGAAGAUUAGCAACAUUGAUGGGCCGUUCACAAAUGUGGCAUCUUAA